UUCGCAAGUUGGGACCACGCCCAUGUGACAACACGCAGAAUAUGGCAAGUGAAAAUUUUGUGGAAUUCUUGAACAAACUCAAGGAAAUGCACGAGAAGGAAGUCCAAGGCCUGCAAACAAAGCUGAAUGAGCUAACCAAUGAGAAAUGUCGAGAUGCCCAAAGAAUAGAAGAGCUCUUUGCCAAAAACCACCAGCUACGAGAACAGCAGAAAGUCCUUAAAGACAAUGUGAAAGUGCUGGAAAACAGGUUACGAGCUGGUCUCUGUGACAGAUGCCAAGUGACUCAAGAGCUUGCAAAGAAGAAGCAGCAUGAAUUUGGAAAGGCCCAUUUCCAGAGCCUCCAACACAUCUUCAUCCUCACUAAUGAAUUGAAUAAGAUGAGAGAGGAGAACAAGAGGCUGAAGGAAGAGCUGAAGCAGUUCUGCAGCAUGGAGGGCAGGCCAAAGCCCUCGAGGGUGUUAUCCAGAGAUGGGAGCUCCACCCCAGACUCACCUUUACCCUUGCUGUCCCCACGGAACAGAAAAUCCAGCUCCGAGAGAACCGCUAGUCACGAAUCAGAAGAUACAUAUAAUCAGUCACCGAAUCUCAGAAGCUCUCCGGGUAUCAGGGUGUCUCCUAACACAAUUUUCCAGGGAGAACAUGUUCCAGAGAUGACUGCUCAGAAGAUAGCAAACCAGCUGCAUGGAACGAUUGCUUUAGUAAGCCCCAGUUCGAGGUCCAGCUCUCAGGAAAGAAACGGUGAAGAAAAUGCAAGCCCGCCACCUGCCAGCAAAACUCCGCCCUCCCCUCCGCCUGCUCGAAGUCCCAGCUUUGAAGUUUAUUCAAGAGCGAGCAAAACAGACUCCCGUGAAAUCGCAUCAUCCUACGAAACGCUGAAGCUCGCUGCCAGGAAGGAGCAACUCUGCCUCCUCAAUGAACACUUUGCCCUCCGCAAUCUUGGUCUUCGGAAAAACUCUGGAAGCCGGGACAGCACUUUCCCUCACCACUUGUUCAUGGCCAGGGAAGCAGGGGGCAAAGCACGGUCCCGGUAUGAGUGGGAAAGCCAUGCCUCCAUCUUGGAUCUCCCAGGCGCGGUGGUGUAUAUGAAGGAACCCCCUUUGGAGAACCGGCUCCCAUUCCUUCAUCACCCAGAGAAGCUACAGUAUCUACUGGCACAGCAACAAGAGUUGAAGGCCAGAAUGGAGGCCAGCUUCAACCCCUCCCAAGACAGAUCCCCCUCUCCGUCGCCGACGGCGGACAAGGAAUGCAAAAAGGAAAGGCUCUUUUGGGAAGAUCCUGUUGACGGGACGAGAGAGAAAUGGAUCUUGAUCGAUAGGGAAGACCUGGAGCAAACGGAGAAGGCAGAGACCAUGAGGGAGCAUCUCACCGAGGCACCUCUGGACCUAUCUGAUUAUGGAAGAGGAAGGGAGAACCUGAAGAUGGCUAAAUGGCAAGAGCCCCCCAGGAAACGUAAGGCGGAGAGUCCCGGUCGAGAGCUGAGGGAAAGCCCUGUUCUUCAGAAAACUUGCUCCUCCGGCCAGCUCGAAGUAGUUAGACAUCUCCAGAAGAGCAAAGAGUCAGAGAAGCUCAUUAUCAAAGCCCAACAAGAUGUAGCAGCAUCUUUGAUCUCUACGGUACAAGAACAUCCCAUUUCCAAGACUGUUUCAAGUGAUACAGAUGCUGAUCUAGAGAAAAAGAUGCCUUUUGGCGCAGAGAAGCAAGAAACAGAUGACCCCGAGGAUGCCAAUUCAGAAUCAGCCAAGGAAGAAUCUGAUGAACCCAACACAUCAGACAGUGAGGUGACUGGCACUGGGGACGACGAACGCUUCCAAGGCCCUUCCAUGAAAGAAAAAUAUUGCUCUGUAAAGGAGAACAACCAGGCAUUGCCAAAGAAGCGGAAACGAGGACAGGAUUCAUGGCAAAAAGCACUGAUCAAGAACUACUGCCUCUGA